GCUAGUCAAGGCGGCCUCGACCCUUCCAACUCCACCACUCACUCCUCCCGUUCUCUCCAAACCCACCGGCUCCGCGUCCCAGUCGAAAGGUGAUUUGAAACCAAAACGUCCGACGCCCGAGAAAAAGCGAUCGGUGUCGAAACGGGACGUAGAGCGCUUCUUCUUGAGGUAGUGGAACGUCGACCACCACCACCACCACCAUUGUGCGCAACCGAAGUGACAAGAAAUACACGAAAGUACACAAACAAGCACACGACGACGCGAAAACACCCCAAUACACGCACCCAUCAUGUCCUCAACAUUCACAUCCCUCCGUGGCCUCGCCACCCGCCUCUUCGCCGGCGGCGCGCGUCCCUCGCCAUCAUCCCUCCUCCUCCCCAACAAGCCCGCGACCGCCGCCCUCCCCACCGCGAUCCAACACCAACAAACCGCUUCCUACGCGAGCAAGGGCAAGAGCGGUCCCCCAGCCGGCAUGUUCUCCGGCCAAAAGGCCGGCAGCAAGAAAUCCAAAGGACCCAAGCAAGUCGACCCGCGUAUCAUCAACAUCCUGCGACACUUUGCCGUCCUCUCGCCCAAGCGGAUCCCCCCACCCCUCCGGUUCGGCCGCAACAGGUACCUGCGCCACUGGACGAUCCAUCGCGCCUGGCUUCUCUUCCGUCGCCAGCAGCGCGAGCAGCGCGAGCGCAUCUUGAUGCAGCAGCACCAGAGCAUGAGCAAUGCGUGUGAGGAGCUUCGCAACACAGAGGGUCCCGGAACAAGGGAGACGGGAUACCUGUAUCGUGUGGCGAUGCUGAAGAAUGGUGUGUAUGGACUGAAGAGUAUCCCGAUCGAGUAUGCUAGUCGGGCGUUGGUGGAGACGCCGGGUAGGCAGGCUUGGAAUCACGAGUGGAAGCGGUAAACGGGAUGUUUGAAAAGGUGGGGAAGGAUAAGGGUCUGAGAAGGAUGGAGGGACAGGCCAGUAUUUGUCUGGUGUGGGUAUGGGAGAUAUAUAUAACAACCUCUGGGGAAGGCAUCAAGAUGGAAUAGUGCCAAAAGGGGGGUUUGGUUGAUUGUACGAGUAGGGAUAAGCAGGAUUUUCCAUGGAUUUGCUACGUUUUUUUCCUUUGCGUCAAUUCCCGGUCUUGUUCUGGCUCAUGGGUUCUGAUCAAGAUGUCCGUCCGUCCCCGACUUUGGAACGGAACGAAAUGGUGGAAUCAUCGUGAUCCGAGGACGAUCGAAAACCGCAGAGCGAGAAUCAUGUUGGGUCAAGGAAUGGGGGUCUUGAGACACACGCAAAGGGUGGUUCUGGAAGGAGGAAAAUCCGCGACUGCUAUACCCUCCUGGCCAAAGCAUGCUGAGAGGGGGACAGCACAGCGAGACCAACCCAAGUGCCUGUUGCCGCGUGUAUUUGUAUGGGUAUAAGAUCCGCGCUUUGGGGAAACAAGGCAAUACAGGCACGCUGCUACACUAGAGAAUGCCUGUUUUGAUAAAUCUCGUCAGCUUUCUGGAUG